GCGGACGUGCUGACGGCCACCAUCCGGUCGUCCAGGAGACGUCCUUCGGCGGCCGGCGGGGCGAGCACCCCGAGGACGGCCCCGGCGCGGACUCGGCCUGCGGGUGCGCGCCCAGCGUGCCCUUCGAGCCGGCGUACGGGCACCCCCGGGGCCAGGCUCCGCGCGGCGCCAAGGUCGACGCCCGGGGCAACACCCCGCGUUGUGGCAGGGACGCGCUGUACGACGCCAAGGUGGAUGCGGCCGCCAGGACUCCAAACGGGACGCCCCCCAUCGCGAGGUCCAACGGGGAGGGGCAGCAGGUGGACGGCCCAGAGGAGAACGUGUACGGCCGCCACCAGGCCGGCAGGCGGCCGCACCCAGAGUCGCUGUACGGAGUGCGCGGCGGCGCCGUGGGCAAGGCACCAAGCCAUCCAGAGUCACCCUACGGAGAGGGGGGCAGGCCAGCGCCCCCACCCCUGCCCAAGGAGUCUCCCUAUGGGGCCAAGGCACUGUGCCCCGCAGAGUCACCUUAUGGAGAUGGGGGUAGACCGGCGCCCCCGCCCGUACCCAAUGAGUCACCUUAUGGCGUUCGCAAAAAUUCCAAUGUAAUGUGGCAACCACAGGAUUCGCCCUAUGGUACUCGGAAUGGUUCCCAGUUUGUAUCUCCACCUCAAGAAUCGCCCUAUGGUACUCGGAAUGGUGCCCAGUUUGUAUCUCCACCUCAAGAAUCUCACUAUGGUACACGGAAUGGUGCCCAGUUUGUAUCUCCACCUCAAGAAUCGCCCUAUG